UGUCAGAUGUGGAGGACGUGGUCAGUGUUCGUGGCUUCAGCCUUGAGCAGAAAGUCAGCUGCAACAACUACCGAGGGGACUACGUGCGGGUCAUGGAGGGCAAAGACUUUACAUAUGAAUAUGUUCAAAGAGAAGCCCUUAGAGUCCCUCUUCUUUUCCUCAGCAAGGAUGGACUAGGUAUUAAGAUGCCAGAUCAGAAUUUUACUGUCAGGGAUGUGAAACUACUAGUCGGAAGUCGGCGUAUAGUUGAUGUGAUGGAUGUGACCACACAAAAGGGUACAGACAUGAGUAUGUCCCAGUUUGUUCGCUACUAUGAGACGCCGGAAACGGAAAGGGAGAAACUGUACAAUGUGAUCAGCCUGGAGUUUAGCCACACUAAGCUGGAGAAAGUAGUCAAGAGGCCAACUGUGGUAGACGCAGUUGAUUGGGUAGAUAACAUGUGGCCAUCAAAAUUAAAGGAGAGACAAAAAGAAGCAACAAAUAUCUUAUGUGAAAUGCAGUAUCCCAAAGUAAAAAAGUAUUGUUUGAUGAGCGUCAAGGGCUGUUUCACUGAUUUUCAUAUUGACUUUGGAGGGACAUCCGUAUGGUACCAUGUUUUUCGAGGUGGAAAGGUAUUUUGGUUGAUUCCUCCCACUGUGUAUAACUUGCAGCUUUAUGAGGAAUGGCUUUUAUCAGGGAAACAAACUGACAUAUUCUUAGGAGACAGAUCACAGGGUUGUCAGAGGAUUGAACUGAAGCAAGGACACACCUUCUUUAUCCCAUCAGGAUGGAUUCACGCCGUGUACACUCCAGCAGACUCUCUGGUGUUUGGUGGCAACAUACUGCACAGCUUUAAUAUUCCCAUGCAACUUCGUGUGUUUGAGAUCGAAGACAGAACAAGGGUGCAUGCCAAAUUCCGCUAUCCUUUCUAUUAUGAAAUGUGCUGGUAUGUCCUGGAGAGAUAUGUUUGCACUUUAACCAACCGCUGUUACCUUAACAAGGAGUAUCAAAAGGAAUCAAUGCUAUUUGAAUCAACAGGAAGGCCCAGUAUAGACAGCUUGUCCUCAGAUUCCUGGUUAGAAAUGGAGGAAGAAUCUUGUGAUGCUCAUACGCUGGAUGAGAAAGAUGACCAUGGAGAAAAGAUAUCCAAGCUAUCAGGUGAUGAAUCCUUGACACCCAAUAGCACACAGUCGGACAGCAAAGAGUCAGCAGAAAAAAAACAAAAGGCUACAUUGAUGCACUACUUAAAAAGAACUCUAUCUAAUGACUCUGAUGAAAGCUCCAGGUCUGUUGUGCACAGUGACUUUCCAAAAACCCCAUCAGAAUCUCCAUCUACAGAGGUGGCUUCGCGGUGGACACACCUGACAGAGUUUGAACUGAAGGGCUUAAAAGCCCUUGUGGAGAAACUAGAGUCUCUUCCGGAAAAUAAGAAAUGUGUCCCAGAUGGAAUAGAAAAUCCUCAUGCUCUGCUGGAAGAUAUGAAGACUGUACUCAAGGAACACGCAGAUGAUGACCCAAAUCUGGCCAUUUCUGGAGUACCUGUGGUGUCUUGGCCCAAGAAACCUGCCAAGAACAGAGCAGUGGGAAGACCAAAAGGGAAACUUGCCACAUCUCCCGCAGUUAAAUUAUCUACUAACAGGACCAGCGCUGGUGCCCGCCGGAGACGGACGCGGUGUCGCAAGUGCGAAGCAUGUUUACGUACAGAGUGUGGAGAAUGUCACUUUUGCAAAGACAUGAAGAAGUUUGGUGGACCAGGGAGGAUGAAACAGUCAUGUAUAAUGAGGCAGUGCAUAGCUCCAGUUUUGCCUCAUACAGCUGUUUGUUUAGUAUGCGGAGAAGCAGGAAAGGAAGACUGUGUGGAAGGCCAAGAAGCAAAGUUUAAUGUCAUGUUGAUGGAAUGCUCCAUCUGCAAUGAAAUAAUCCAUCCAGGAUGCCUUAAGGUAAAGGAAUCUGAUGGUGUGGUGAAUGAUGAACUUCCAAACUGCUGGGAAUGUCCAAAAUGCAACCAUGCUGGGAAAACUGGGAAAGUCUACAAGCAAAAAAGAGGUCCAGGAUUUAAGUAUGCUUCCAAUCUGCCUGGGUCGUUACUUAAGGAGCAGAAGAUGAAUCGGGAUAAUAAAGAGCUAACAGAACUUGUAAAGAAGAAAGAAAGAGAGGAAACUCCCAGGCAGAACGUGGAGGAACAGCCCAAAAAGAAGGUCCUAGAGGGAAUUGCAAAGCGAAAACCAGAGGAUGGUCCCUUUAAGAGAAAACGACCUCUAGAAAAAAAUUCAGACCCAGCAGUUAGGAAGAGGUUAAAACUAGUGAAAGAAGACAAGCUCUUCAAGAAAAAGAAGAGAACCUGGAAGACGCCUGAAGAACGCGCACUCAUGGCCAAAACAUUGAGGCGCAUUAAACAGGAGCCAGAUGACGAUAUGGGAGAAUCUGUGCCGAAAUCUAAGGAAAGUGAUCAGUCCAGGUCCAGUUCACCCACUGCUGGUCCCAGCACACAGGGUCCAGAUUCAAAGGAGAAGAAGAAAAACCGAAGGAAGAGAAAAGUUUCUAAUAAAGAACUAAGCAAAGAAUUAAGCAAGGAGCUAAACCAAGAGAUCCAGAAAACAGAAAAUAGCCUGGCGAAUGAGAACCACCAUCCUAUUAAAUCUGAGCCGGAGAGCGAGGACGAGGAGCCCAAAAAAUGUAUGAACACCAAUGGGGAGCGCAUGCAUCGGUUUAGCAAAGAACUGAAUGGGACUCCAAAGGAGUUUAAGCAUCAGUCUCUUCCAAGCCCAAGGACAACGCCAAGGGUCACCAAUCGCCCUCCUCCUUCUUUGUCGCCUCCCAAAUGUGUGCAGAUGGAACGCCACGUGAUAAGGCCUCCUCCAAUCAGCCCUCCUCCAGAUUCCCUACCUUUGGAGAAUGGUGCCACCCAUGUGAUGCAGAGAGAGGUCUGGAUGGCCAUCUUUAGCUACCUCAGCCACAAAGAUCUGUGCAUAUGUAUGAGAGUCUGCAAAACGUGGAAUAGAUGGUGCUGUGAUAAAAGAUUGUGGACGCUAAUCGAUUUAAAUCGCUGCAAAUCCAUAACUCCUCUUAUGCUCAGUGGGAUCAUCAGGAGACAGCCUGUGUCCUUAGAUUUAAGCUGGACAAAUAUAUCAAAGAAACAACUAAGCUGGCUCAUGAACCGGCUUCCAGCUCUAAGGGAUCUGAAUUUAUCAGGCUGUUCCUGGAUUGCCGUAUCUGCACUUUGUAGUUCCAGCUGUCCGUUGCUGAGAUUGCUCAAUGUCCAGUGGGUAGAAGGGCUAAAAGAUGCACAGAUGAGGGAUCUUUUGUCUCCUCCAACAGAUAACAGACCAGGUAUGAUAGACAACCGUAGCAAAUUGAGGAACAUCACAGAGCUUCGUCUAGCAGGACUGGACAUUACAGAUGCCUCGCUGCGCCUAAUGAUUCGACACAUGCCUCUUCUUUCCAAACUGGACCUGAGUUACUGUAACCAUGUGACUGAUCAGUCCAUUAACCUGCUCACUGCAGUGGGUACAUCUACCAGGGAUUCUCUGUCAGAAAUUAAUUUAUCAGACUGCAAUAAUGUUACAGACCAGUGCCUGACUUACUUUAAACGCUGUGGCAACAUCUGUCUGAUUGACCUCAGGUACUGCAAGCAGGUCACCAAGGAAAGCUGCGAACAGUUCAUUGCCGAAAUGUCAGUAAUUGUACAGUUUGGACAAGCGGAAGAAAAACUUCUUCAAAAAAUUAGCUAAUGUGAUAGAAAAAAUAGAUUCCUUUCCUUCGAGCUGCACCUGAAAGACUAUAUUGGCCUUAAAAGUAGAGAGGUUUGAGGUUCACCUCUGUAAUUUCACUUUUUCAUCCAAUGGUUUCUCCAGCACCGCAAACACCAGCUGUUAAAGGUUGACACUGGAAUAAGGGUUUGACCUUUCAAGGACUUUUUUUUUUUUUUAACAUUUUGACAAAACCAAGGGCAUGCGCUUGGUAACGUCUAUUGUAUUGGCUCUUAAACUGUUCAACUUCCGAGCUUUGUGUGUCUUUAGAAGUGGACCAUACAGAACACGGAAGCCUUCCAAAAGCUGGUGGGAAAAAAAAAUACUUUGUCAUACAUUAUGCAGAAAUAUUUUUCUACACAUCUAUUUGAAAGUUCUAUUUGCAGUGUAUGAUACCAGUGUUCUUUUUCUGGGGGAUAUAUAAUAUAGGUUAAAGGAGAACUGCCAAACUUUCCAUGUACAGUUACUGAAGGCAGUGAUACCUUAUUAAUGAGCCCACAUUGUGACCACUUCUAAAGCAUGUUUAAAUUUAGCUUUUUCUUUUUUUUUUUUUUUUUUACAUGAGACAUGUGCAUGCUGAGCAAACAUGUAUGUUUAUUUGUUUGACACACAUCCUCUCUGCACACAAAGAUCCAGCAUCGCAUGAUGAUUUGUGGCCUGUUGAACAAAUUUCUUGUAACGCAGGGCAAACUGACCAGGCAGUCUCCACUAAUGUGCCAUUGGACAACCCGUCCAAAGCUUAGGGCCCGACAGUAACAUACUUGCCUUCAGAAGUGCCAUUGUUGUAAGGUGUUGUUCUUGUAGCCAGUUUAACUGCGUACAGGACAGAAAAAACAAACAGGUUUACCACCAUUUCCUGGCGACAGAUUGUUAAAAAAAAA